AUGUCCUCAACGCCAUGGAUCUUCAUCUGCCCCUCCAGCAGAGGCAUCGGCAAUGCCCUCACCCGCCACAUCCUGCGACGCACGGCUCGUUUAUCUACGCCGAUCCCGGUUCUCGCAACUACGCGGCAUCUCGAUCCGGCAGUGGCCAAGGCGGCGCUUCUUAGAGAUGUGUUUUCCACGCCAUCGUCCUGUUAUUCUUGGUCAGCUUCUUCAUCCUCGCUGUUGAAAGAACAGCACGAGAAACAACAAGACGAGCUCUCAAAGCGCCUCUUUGUCGUGCGCUGCGACGUCACAGACGAGUCCACCAUCGCAUCCGCCGCCCAAGAGGCACGGAAUCUGUUCCCCGGGGACUCGCACCACCUGCAUCUCGCCUGCGUGCUCCCGGGCGUGCUGCUCAACCCGGAGAAGUCGCCGGCACAGGUCGACGCGGAUGCCGCUCUGCAGUCGUUCCGGGUCAAUGCCGUCGGACAGCUGCUGGUGGCGAAGCAUUUCUUUGGGUUCCUCCCCCGGAAGGGGACUGCGAUGUCGUCGUCGCCGGGAUACGAGUACGACGACGAGGACGUGGACCAAGACGACGAUUACGAAGGCGAGGAUGAGGACGAGGCGGAGGAAGAGGCCGCGCUGCGUCUGCCCCAGCACGCAACUUGGCUCAACAUGUCGGCGAGAGUGGGCUCCACGACGGACAACCGCGCGGGAGGCUGGUUCUCGUACCGCGCGAGCAAGGCAGCUGUUAACAGCAUCACCAAGAGUCUGGACAUACAGCUGCGGACGAGGGCGGGUGACAAUGCCAUGGCGGUGGCCUAUCAUCCCGGCACGGUCAAGACGGAGCUGAGCAGGGACUACUGGGGUGGUGUGCCUGAGGAGAAGCUCUUCAGCACUGAGUAUGCGGCCGAGAAGCUCAUGGACGUGGUGUGUGGGUUGGGGGUGAAGGAUAGGGGACGCUGUUGGGACUGGAAAGGGACUGAGAUUUCUCCUUGA